AGAAGUGGACAACAUCACUUCUAUCAAGCAAACUCCCUUUGACUCAAGGUCUCAGCCACCAUGAAGCUGCUCAUUUUCUCCUGCCUUGUGGCUCUUGCACUGGCCAGGCCAGAUGCUCUCAACUUAGUUAAUAGAAAUAUUAAAAAUCGAGAACUGGAAAACCGUUUGAAUGAAGAACCCAUUCUAUCAAAUGAGGUUUCAUCAAGUGAGGAAUAUCUCUACCAGCUGAACAAAGUUGUACGACCUGUGGAAAAAUAUGACCUGGACAAAUCCAGAGAGGAUGUGAAGACUUCAUUAAGAGAGGAAUCUAUCACUCCAUCUACCCAAGAACGUGUUCGCAGGCAGGUGGAAUACAACUUCAAUGAGGAGGAUUCUUCUGUCUCUAAUGAGAGAAAGAUUGAAGAUGUCAAUGAACAGUACCAAUAUUAUCUGAGAAGACUUCUAGAGGACAGAGAUCUUUACUUCCGCUACCUGGAAUCCCUCUAUUAUCCUACUGAGCUAAGAAAAUCUCAGCUACACAGAGAACUCUAUUUGCAACAGCCUGAAUUCUACUACUCCUAUCAUCCUAUUUCCAUGAGACCAUUUUUGCCUUAUACAGUAGAAGUCCCUGUCCCUUCUACCCACAAUGCCCCACUACGUUCUAUCAAUAGGAACACUGAAGCAGUCUUUACUCAUUCUGAAGAGAAGAAGAACUAAGAAGAGUUUCCCAAAUUCCCCUCUCUCCUGAUCCUUGUUCUGACUGAACAUUCCAGCCUCUUUAUAGGAUCUAUCUUCUAUUGGUGUCUACGAAUAGCAUCAUCCUGUGCAGAAGAUUUGAUGCUCAUUAUUUAAUGAAAAAACAAAAGCAAAGCAAAACUCAGGAGAGUGGAAUCUUUCUCUGAUGUGUUCUACUUGGCAUUAUUUCUCUUAAUCAAAAUUUGAUUAUAAACUCUCUUUCCUAUAUCCCAUUUUCAGUCUUUACAAGCCAGGUGUAGGGCAUUCUAGUUUGGACACAAUAUUUAUAGAUACCAAAGCUUUUGCUAUGUUUCUGUGGAGGGAAUUUAUAAGAAAGCGUCCUUGAAUUAUUUAACUUCUUAGCACUUCUCCUUCUAGCCACUGUGUAAUAAAGUUUUCCUUGUUUCUUGCUUUUAAUAAAUUAAUUAUUAAGGCACCAUU